UUUGGAAGAUAAUGGUAAAGACGUGUACCUUCAAUUUGAAAGCUUCAUCGUGGGUCUUUCAGAUCGGCGGAAUUCCUAUGCUUGCCUCUUACUUUCUCAGUGGGCUAAGACGAAUUUUCCGAAAAUGUCGCACAUCGAUGUCGACGAGAUGAUUACGAGAUCAUGUGUACAUGCAGUUCUAGCCCAAGCCGAAGGCACUGAAUCUAACAACCUGACUAAUAUCUUGAUGGCCCUUCUACCAAACUUGUUGUUCCAUGAAGUUGAAGCUGGAUACGAAUAUACAACGGAUUUAAUGAUUAUCCAUGGCUGUGACCCCAACGCAGGGGAUACCAGCGGUCAAACUCCAUUAUCACUAGCUGCUAUACAUGGGCAUCAGGAUAUUGUUCUGAUGCUGUUGAACAGGGGCAGUGAUCUAGAAGCAAGGGACAACAAUGGUCAAACUCCAUUAUCACUGGCUGCUGCAAAUGGGCACUGGGGUAUUGUUCAGCUAUUGUUGAAUAGGGGCAGUGACAUAGAAGCAAGGGAUAACAAUGGUCAAACUCCAUUAUCACUAGCUGCUAUACGUGGACAUUGGGAUAUUGUUCAGCUACUGUUGAACAGGGGCAGUGAUCUAGAAGCAAGGGAUAACAGUGGUAAAACUCCAUUAUCACUGGCUGCUGCAAAUGGGCACCAGGCCGUUGUCGAGCUGCUAGCACAAUCUAAAUUACCAUAA